AUGGCUGUAGGCUCUAAAUCUAUAAAGAGUGAUCUUGGAACAUAUUCAUUUUCUUGAAUCUCUGCAAAAAGAGUAGUAAACUUAUCAUCACAUUCUACAUCUCUUAUUGAAGAUUGCCUGUCACUUUUUAUUCCAUGCUCUAAGCAAAAAAGUUCUCAGCAACCAUUUCCAGCUUGAAUACCAGCUUGGCCAAUAUGAAUUGAUAUUAUUUCUCUCACUUUAAAAUUAUAA